GCCAAACUCUCAUAUGAUUGACAAUAACUUGUGAAAUCUCAGUUUGUUUGUAAACGAUGUAGCAUAACCGUGUUGAUAUAAUUAAUGACAACGACUAAAAGAACUCAACCAAAGAAGAGUGGAAAUGUUGGGACUAGAGGGACUCUUCGCUGAAGAAGGAGAGAAUUUCGAGCGGUCUAAUGAGACUUCAAAUUGUAAGCCCGGAUUGCCUCAGCCACCUGCAAAACGUGCGAAAUGUGGAUUAUGUGGAAUCAGCAAUCAAGGCGCCACGUGUUAUCUCAACUCCUUACUCCAGACGCUCUUUUUCACGACUGAGUUUAGAGAUGCCUUGUUUAGCCUUGGAGAACUAGAACUAGGGAGUCUGACCAAGAGAAACCCUGGUGUUAAGGUGCGUGUAAUCCCGCUACAGCUGCAGAAAUUGUUCGCCCGACUUCUGAUGUCGGACCGACAGAGCGUGUUGACCACUGAACUGACGGAUAGCUUUGGGUGGAUCAACAAUGAGGCGUUGCAGCAGCAUGAUGUUCAGGAGUUGAACCGGAUUCUCUUCAGUGCAAUCGAGGAUUCCCUGGUUGGAACCUCAGGGCGACACCUCAUCAACCAGCUAUAUCAUGGAACCAUAGUCAACCAGAUUGAAUGUUCAGUUUGUGGAAAGAUCAGUGAAAGGGAGGAGGACUUUCUGGAUCUUAGUGUUGCGGUAAGCGGGACAAAUUCUCUGGAGUCUGGAUUACGCAAUAAUUACUGUGAUACUGAAACCAUGAGUGGUAAAAACCAAUACCGGUGCGAGAAUUGUCAUAAACUGGUUGAUGCCAAAAAGGGUGCUAGACUUCGCUCCCUGCCUCAAAUCCUCACCAUCUCCCUACUGAGGUUCAGCUUUGAUUUAAUCAAAAUGGAUCGUUACAAGGAAACAGGAAAAUUUGUAUUCCCAACGAGUUUGGAUAUGUCUCCGUACGAAGAAAAGUCAGAUGGUGGCGCCCUCUAUGAGCUGUUCUCGGUGGUGGUUCACCAAGGUGGGGCUCACGGCGGUCACUACACCGCGUACAUACGAGACGCCGACAAUCUCGGCCAGUGGUCGUCUCCCGAGGAAGGCAGUAUCUCGGUCCUGGGUGGCCAGGGCUCGGGGCAGCUUGACGUGAUCGAGUGUGACUCGCCCAUCGAGUUGCUACAGACAAUACUCAACGACGCCCCUGGAAAGUGCUUGUGUAUGGACAGACUUGGAGGGGAGAUUACUAAAAAGACAGGAGUCUCAUGGAAUAAAAGGUUUAAACGGCAGUAUGGUCCAAUCACAAAGUUCAUUCUGAAGUACGAUGACAAGUUCUUCUUUGAUCAAUCCUCUAACUCGGUCAGCUUGAAGCACUAUGCCAUGGCUGGUAGCUCCGCACCGUCCAAUCAAAACAAGGAGAAGGUCACUGUCAGUGACCAUACACAAACACUGUCAGAAAGUGCCAAAACCUCUAGACCCCCCUCUCCGCCUCCACCCUCAGGCUACUGCUGGUUCCACUUUAAUGACAGCCACGUAUAUCCCGUCCGACAGCAGGAACUUGAGAGCACGUUCUCCGGUAAAUCCAGCGCAUACAUGCUGUUUUACCGGCGAGUUGUUGACCAAUCAAGAAAUGCAGGAUUUGAUGGUUCCGUCCCUGCAUCGUUGAUUAUGGAAGUCACUGAGGAGAAUAGAGAGUUACAGAAACAAAGGGAUGAGUAUGAGGUCGAGCUGAACAAGUUGAACCUUCACGUUCAUUUCUCCGACUGGUACACGGUCAGUGGUGGAGCUCUUCAGCCUCGCGACUACCAGACCAGUUGUCUGCCCUUGACUCUAGACCGGCGGCAAAAUGUGACGGACUUACGGAUAGCUGUAAUGGAGCUUGGCGGGGAGCUAGUGCCUGAAAAUUUUGUGAUUCACACAAUGAGGGAGCUACCUUCUGGAUAUCACCUGUACACGCAACUCACAGGGUCUGAGGAAGUGACCCUCCAGAGUCUGGGGGUGGGGGACGACUCCUCCCUGUUUGUUUGGGAUGGACAGACGGUGGACAAUAUGAGCGUAGAGGUAGGAGAAGAAACUGAACCCAUCCUGCUAAAUAUAGCUCCUCCAGAUGGAGGGGAUUCCCUCAUCAGGGGGUUUUCCAAGAGAAUGCUGUUGGAUGAGGUUACCAACAUGGCCUGUGAGGAGUUUAACUUAGAGAGGAGUUGUGUUGUACAUGUAGUUCAAAGGCUGGUAGGGAAAGGUGAUCAAAAGCUACUGGCCUUCACCGAUGAAGAAAUGAAAACACCCAUCUUGGAACUCAAGCUCAAUAAUGGAUCGGAAAUCUUUAUUGCCAAAUCAUCAGAACAAAAUGUCCGUCAAGUAGAUUCGAGCCAAAACCUAAAAGUCAAGUUUACAGUGACUAUUGAAAACAGAUGCCAGGAAGGUGAUGGCCCAAGACAGAUCGUACAGCUCCAGGCUUUGUCGACAGAUCAUGUUGCCCUUCUAAAGACCUUAGCGCUGUCUCGUUUCGGAAUUUCCGAGAUCUUGGACGGUGGGCGUCUACGUUUGGAACACGACACUCUUGGACUCCGAUCUCCAUUGUGUGAUGAGAUAACUCUCUCAGAGGCAGGAAUUGGCAAGGACUCCAAGCUGGUCCUAGAGCCGGGCCAAGCCCCCACCUCCAACCAGAUCACCGUCAACAUCACGACCAACAGUGUGGACCUGGAUAUCUCGGACACGGUGGAGAUGUUAGUUGACCGGAACCAGAGCGUGGGCGACUGUCUCACCUGUGUGUUGAACAGACUCCAAAUUCAAGACCAGAGCUGGCACCUUCGCAGAACAAACUGGUGCGGUGAAGCGGCUGACAUUCUGACUGACCUUGAUUCGACCUUGGAGCACAGCCAGGUCAGGGACGGAGAUUUGUUGAUCCUGGAGCAAGGGAGAAUACCCCCAAAGGGGUUCAUUUCUCCAGAGAUCUGGUUGUACCCUAUGUUGGACACAGCACAGCAGAGUGGGAAGUCUGGAUUCCUCUCCUGGCUGUCAACUGGCAUUCAAAAUCUAUGGAACACUUCAUCAGGGGAGACAACUGCUGGAAAUAAGAAGGAGGCACUUCUUGUGGGUGAAGUAGAGGUCUCACUGGAUGCGACCUUGGAUGACCUCAAACUGCAGGUCAUGACCUUGCCAGCUAUCAAUGACCUUGGAGUACCUAUGACAGAUUUUUUGAGGAUCAGGGUGAUAGAAGAUGGAGAGUUGGCAACUGUACUAAAGGGAGGAUCCCAAACAUUGAGGAAACUUCGUUUGCAGUCCUGUAGAAAACUAGCCGUCCAAAUCCUACCUCAGGAGGAAAAUCUAACAGCCAAUCACAUUGUUCUAGAAGUUCGUCAGAGGAUUCCAGAGACCAAGACGUACGCGCCAGGACAGGAACUGGUUUGGAACGUAUCCCAGGGAGCUACAGCAAACAGCCUGAAGCAAGUAGUCGCAGAUUUGCUGCUUAUUCCAGUGGAGCAUAUUUUGGUGGCGAAGCAUUUUCCCAAGAAAUAUGAAUGGCUGGUUAUAAAAGAGCACCAGAGGAAAUCUUCUGGAAAAGGAGGAAAGAAGAAGACUCCCCAGAAAUCCAACUUGAGACAAUCUCCUUAUCAUAUCCAGGAUGGGGAUGUAUUAGGAGUAAAGAAUUUGCAGUAUGACCCUCUCAGCCAUGAGGACUUUAACACAGAGGAGGACGAGCAAGGACUCGAAGAGCUGAGGAGGAUAGUGGAGGAGAAAAAGAAAGAAAGGGAUGACAAGAAGACCAGGAAAACGGGAGACUUUGAUUUCAGCGACAAGAAGAAGAGGCGACCGGAGGCGAGCCUCACUAUCAAAGUGGAUGAUUUUACUUGAGAAAUCAUUGUUAUUAGUGAUCAAUUUAAUUAUAUAAAACUUUUUAUUUAAAAAGUGCUUUAGACUCCGUGGGCUUUCAUUUCAGAGGUGCAGUCACAUACUCUGGAGUAUUAAACCAGUCCUGCAUUAAUUUUGUAUAUUUUAUGUUAAUAUAUGAAAAUGUUAUGAGCAAUAAAUUUUCAAUGUU